UUUACACAAUUUCCUCAAACUAGCUACUUAUAGUUCCCCUUUGUCCGAAAAAUAAUGGCUUCUAAACUCAUCUCUCUACUAGUAAUAGCUGCUGUUCUUCCUUUCUUUUCCUCUCCAUCUUUAGCAAAUGUCUCUCCAAGUAGUCUUGUCAGCCCUGGAACCCUUUGCAACGACACCCCAGACCCUUCCUAUUGCAAAUCUGUUCUCCCUAAGCAGUCUACCAAUGUCUAUGACUCUGCCCGACUUUGCGUCCGCAAGUCUCUAUCACAAUCCCGUACAUUUUUGAACCUAGUUGAUAAAUAUCUCUUACGCCGCUCCAGUUUGUCUAUUACUGCAACUAGGGCUCUUGAGGAUUGCCGGUUUCUAGCUAAUUUAAACAUAGAGUUUUUGUUGAGCUCCUUUCAAACUGUCAAUGCUACUAGUAAAACUUUGCCCGCUUUGAAAGCUGAUGAUGUACAAACUUUGCUAAGUGCCAUUCUAACAAACCAGGAAACCUGUUUAGAUGGCCUGCAGGCCACAUCUUCUGCCUGGAGUGUAAGGAACGGUCUCUCAGUCCCUUUGUCUGAUGACGCAAAACUUUAUAGUGUUUCUCUUGCUUUUUUCACCAAAGGUUGGGUUCCUAAAAUGAAGAAAAGGAUCACAUGGCAGCCUAAAAGCAAGCAGCUUGCAUUCAGACAUGGACGAUUGCCAUUCAAAAUGUCUGCCAGGAACCAUGCAAUUUACGAAUCAGUCAGUAGGAGAAAGCUUCUCCAGGCAGAGAAUAACGAUGUAGAGGUUAGUGAUAUAGUGACGGUGCGUCAGGACGGACAAGGGAAUUUCACAACCAUCAAUGAUGCUAUUGCUGCAGCUCCAAAUAAAACCGACGGCAGUAAUGGCUACUUCAUGAUUUAUGUCACCGCUGGCAUUUAUGAAGAGUAUGUGUCCAUUGCAAAGAACAAGAGAUAUUUGAUGAUGGUAGGAGAUGGCAUAAAUCAGACGGUGAUUACUGGGAAUCGUAGUGUUGUUGAUGGGUGGACUACUUUCAAUUCUGCUACAUUUGCUGUAGUUGGACAAAACUUUGUUGCAGUGAACAUAACAUUCCGGAACACAGCUGGGGCAGUCAAGCAUCAGGCUGUAGCUCUUCGAAGUGGAGCUGAUUUGUCCACAUUUUAUAGUUGCAGUUUUGAAGGGUACCAGGAUACCUUAUACACCCAUUCUCUGAGACAAUUCUACAGGGAUUGUGAUAUCUAUGGUACUGUUGAUUUUAUAUUUGGCAAUGCUGCUGUUGUUUUCCAGAAUUGCAACUUGUAUCCGCGGCUACCUAUGAGUGGCCAAUUCAAUGCCAUCACUGCCCAAGGUAGAAAAGACCCGAACCAAAACACAGGCACUUCUAUACACAAUUGUAAUAUUGCAGCUGCUGACGAUUUGGCUUCAAGCAAUAUGACGGUCCAAACAUAUCUUGGGAGGCCAUGGAAGGAAUAUUCAAGAACUGUUUACAUGCAAAGUUCCAUGGAUACAUCGAUAAAUCCUGCUGGUUGGCAAAUAUGGAAUGGAGAUUUCGCACUCAAUACAUCAUAUUAUGCAGAGUAUAAUAACACUGGACCGGGAUCUGAUACUACAAACAGGGUAACAUGGCCAGGUUUCCACGUUAUUAACGCCACUGAUGCUGCUAAUUUCACUGUCUCUGGCUUCUUGCUGGGGAAUGAGUGGCUACCUCAAACAGCAGUUCCUUUCUCUAGUGACUUGAUAUGAGCAGCUUCUAUGACAAAUUGUUACUAGUUCUUUUUUUCUAUUCUUUUCUUUUGUCCUUUUCUUGUAGGAUAUUUAAAGGUUGUAAUUGUUUGGUUGUAAUUGCAUACAAUUUUAUAAGUACUU